UGAAACUGGAAACUACCGUGACGCGAAUGAAACAUUAUACUAAAACUUUUUACUUUCAUAUAUAACACUGUCCUUCACUGUCAUGCAUUAAUGGUCACAUCUACUUUAUCCGAAACCUCUAUACUUUCAAAUUUUAAACACUUUCAUUAUGAGCUCUGUUGCAGUCAUCAAAGAAGAAGCAGAAAAACAAAUUCGUGCUUUGCUCAACAGCACUCCAGCUGGGCUAGCAGUGGGGGAACUAAAAAGAGAUUAUCAGCAGUUCAUUGGGAGUCAAAUUCCAUAUCAAAAGUUUGGCUAUAGUUCAGCAGAAGAUUAUUUCAAUGACAUUCCUGAUGUAAUAACCCCAGUUUGGGAGAAUGGGAAAACUAUUUUGAAAGCCACUGCUAAUGAGACUACUAGACACAUUGAAAAAUUAGUAUCGCGACAAAGAGUAACAAAUAAAAGUAAAUGGGCUGCAUUAAGGAAACAAUCUCAUGGCUAUGCAUCAAGACCAAGAUAUGUGACUACCCCUCAAGUUCCAGUUUCAAUUCGCCAUCAGAUUAAACAGAUGUUCAGACAAAACAGGAGCUUACCACUCACACAUUUUGACAAUUUGUUUUUUAAAACUUUUGGUCAUCAUUUAGACCAUGAAAGAUUUGGAUAUUCUUCAGUAGAAUAUCUUCUUAAGAGUAUUCCUGAUACUGUGACACUAAUAAAUCAGCAUGGAGAAUGGAGAGUUUUGUCAGCAUAUGCCAGGUAUCAGUCUUCAAGAAGAUAUCAGAAUGACAAACCAAAACCUUCAUCAACUCCUACAAAAACAAACAACAGUGAAACCACUGGCAUUGGGAUAACAUUUGCUUCAAGAGAACCAGAUAACCAAGAGGUUCAGGGUUCAUUAUCAUCUCUUAGUUCACCAACUAAAUCAAUAGAUGUUGUAGCAUGUUCACCACCAGCAUCACCAAUACACAGUUCUCCUGAACCAGAGGAGUUUGAAGAUCCUGUUCAUAAGGAAUUGAAAAAGGUUUUGUCAUCGCAUUCUAAAGGAAUAAUGGCCAGUAGAUUAGCUUUUGAAUACAAGGCCAUAAUAGGUAAAGAGCUACCAUUUAAAGAUCAUGGUUACCAUAGUGUUAUAGAGUUUGUUAAUGAUAUACCUAAUGUUGUUAGAAUAGAAAGACCUAAUCCUAGUGGUGAUUUUAUUUUAUUUGAUGCUACUGCUCCAGUUAGUCCAUCAGAAGUAAAAAGAAAGAUAAGUUAUGCUAAUGAUAGAAUAGUUAGUGAUGAAAUAAAAGAAGCUAUAAAACAAGUCCUACAGACUAAUCCAGAUGGUAUUACAAUGGCCAACUUUCCCUCAGCUUUUUAUGAUUUAACUGGAAAACAAAUUGAUCCUGCUGCUAUGGGAUUUUCUAGUUUUGAAUCUUUAUUAUUAUCAUUAACUGACAAUGUACUUCAAGCAACAUAUAAAGGAAAAGAAUGUGUUGUACUAAAUGCUAGAGAUACAAAUGAGCCAAGAAGAUAUGAUCAUUUACUAGAAAAAUAUCAUCCCCAUGCUGAACCAGUGCCUCCACAUCUAGAGAGUUUACAUAAGAAAUGUAGUAUACCUGAAGAUAGUAUAUUACCUGGUACUUAUUAUACAGCCCAGAAAUUACCAGAAGUUACUAGUGAUUAUAUUGAAGUAUUUGUAUCUAAUAUAGUUAGUCCUGGUUUAUUCUGGUUACAAUUACGUGGUAAAAGAACAUCUGAGGCACUAGAAAACUUAAUGGAUGAUUUAGCUGAGUACUAUAUGACAUCAGAUAGUAAAAGAUAUCUAAUGCCAGAAUAUUUAUAUAUGAUAGGCCAACUAUGUGCUGUUAUAUUUCCUGAAGAUAAUAACUGGCAUCGUGGUAUAAUAACUGGUAUACGUAGCAUGGAAGUUAUAGAGGUGUAUUUUGUUGAUUAUGGUAAUACAUGUGCUGUACCAAAGAACACUUUAAGAUUAUUAAGAUCACGAUUUAGAAAGUUACCUGCUCAAGCUAUACAGGCCAGAUUAGCUAAUGUCAAACCAAUUAAAGAGGUUUGGUGUGUUGGUGCAAGGGACAGACUUUUACAAAUCUGUACAAAUAAACCCUUAGUUGGAUUUCUAACAGCAGUGAGGGAUCGUGUAUUAUCAUUAUGUUUAACUGAUACUUCACAAGAAGAAGAUAUUCAUCUGAAUGAUUUACUCGUAGAAGAAUGCUAUGCUAAGUUUGCUCCUGAUGAAUUACACCCCUCAACAAUAGGCCCAACACAGUUUGCUGAGGCACUUUUCUGCUGGGUUGUUUUGUGUUUUGACUUUGUAAGAAAAGUGCCUAAUGAUGUCAAGGUGAAAGACAGAGAUUUUAGCAUUCUAAAUGAAGGUGAUAAAUAUCUUUUUAAUAUAAGUGAAAUUAACAGUACAACAGGGGACUAA